GCAUGCGCACUCACCCUCGCCAGAGACGUCCACAUCCCCCGCCUGAGCCCCAAAGCAGAACCUAACGCGUUAGCCAGUUAGCCGUGCAUUUAUGUGUUCUUUACUACAUCGUGAGCAAAAAACACAGUAAUAUAUAUAUCUGUCAAGUUUUAGAUCGGUUGAUUCGAUCAGAGCACUGCGUGAAACACUCCGAUUGCAGGUCGACUAACGUCGGGCUCUACCACGCCUGCCAAUGCAUGAACGGGCUACCCAGCUAGCUUGCUAGCUAGCUUAAGUUCCAUGCAGUUCCUCGUAACACGAGCACACCUUGCCGUUCAGAGUGCUUGUCACUCACCGCUUCCUGAGACCAACCCGCUCGCCCCCCUGCAGCAGCGCCAUGGCAACGGAGGAGAAGAAACCAGACACGGAAUCCACAAAAUCUCAGAAUGCAUCUUCAGCUAGCCAGAGCAAGUCUGCACCUGCCAAACCGAACUACACCCUCAAAUUCACACUAGCUGGACACACAAAAGCUGUGUCCUCGGUCAAGUUCAGCCCCAGUGGAGAGUGGCUUGCCAGCUCAUCUGCAGAUAAACUGAUCAAGAUUUGGGGAGCAUAUGAUGGAAAGUUUGAGAAAACUAUAUCUGGACACAAACUUGGCAUUUCUGACGUGGCUUGGUCCUCAGACUCCAACCUGCUGGUGUCCGCGUCCGAUGACAAGACCCUGAAGAUCUGGGACGUGAGCUCUGGGAAGUGUUUGAAGACUCUGAAAGGCCACAGCAACUACGUGUUCUGCUGUAACUUCAACCCCCAGUCCAACCUCAUCGUGUCUGGAUCGUUCGACGAGAGUGUACGGAUAUGGGACGUGAAGACGGGCAAGUGUCUGAAGACCCUGCCAGCCCACUCUGACCCAGUCUCUGCUGUUCAUUUCAACAGAGACGGCUCUCUCAUCGUUUCCAGCAGUUACGAUGGCCUUUGUCGCAUCUGGGAUACAGCAUCAGGACAGUGUUUGAAAACCCUCAUCGACGAUGACAACCCCCCGGUGUCGUUUGUGAAGUUUUCACCCAACGGCAAAUACAUCCUGGCUGCCACGUUGGACAACACCUUGAAGCUAUGGGAUUACAGCAAAGGAAAGUGUUUAAAAACGUACACCUGCCACAAAAACGAGAAGUACUGCAUUUUUGCUAAUUUCUCAGUCACAGGAGGAAAGUGGAUUGUGUCUGGCUCAGAGGACAACAUGGUGUACAUCUGGAACCUGCAGACCAAGGAGAUCGUCCAGAAACUCCAAGGCCACACAGAUGUGGUCAUCUCUACAGCCUGUCACCCCACAGAGAACAUCAUCGCCUCGGCGGCGUUGGAAAACGACAAAACCAUCAAACUGUGGAAGAGUGAUUGCUAAGCCCCGCCUCCACACAGCCACCAUUUCUUUUAUAUGUAUGUGUUAUAUUCCCCCCCCCCCAUUUUUUUUUUUAAUAUUAAAACAAAAACAAAAAAUGAAAGGAGAAAACAGGACUUAUGUUUUUUUGAGGAGCUUUGUGUUGGUCGGAGUCUCUCGCCUUGAAGAACAAAACACAUCUCGGUGUUCAGCCCUUCUCCUGGACGACGACCUGUCGACAACCUGUGGAACCAACACACACAAACACUUAUGUCUCUGUCUCUCGCUCUAACACGCUAAAAGUAUUCUAUCUCUGGCUUGUUUUGACAGUCUGUGUGUCUGUGUUUCUGUCAAGUUUCUAUCUGGCAAACUAUCACAUGCAAACACAGGUCUGAAUUUUGCCUCCCUGUCUUAAUGUUGCGUCACAGACAGACUUGAGAGACUCUGGGCUGAAGUCUGUGAGGCAGUACAGUCUUUCUCUCUCAUCUCCCAUUUGUCUCCCUCUCUUUCUCCUCUCUCUGUCCCCCCCCCCCUCCCUCCUCUCCCCGCACCAAGAAGAAACUACCUACACUGCAGUGACAUUCAUUUCAGAUCCCUCACCUAUCUCACGUCCUCUGUUGGAAACAGACACCCACAUCAGUGCUGUUACUGGUCGACCGAGGUGUCUCGACGCUGCCGACGGCACUCUCUGUCUUUAUCGUGGAGCCCGUCGCAGCGUGGUGGAGAUGGAGCCGUCUCUCCUCGUCUGCAGACGGGAUGCAGUUCCACGGUGUUUACGCCGGUUCCAUGGUGUUAACGGCCCUCAGUAGUUUAUCUCAACAGAGGGGGUCUCACUGGUGAAGGGAUUGUUUUGUAUUCGCCUUUUUUUAUAAGAUGUAGUCAGACUUCAUACGGAACGGCAUGUGGUGCUUUACAUUGAAAACAUUUGAAUGCUAUGGCUCCUGGGUAAAAGGAGAUUCAUUGGAAGUUAUGGUAAUCAAGCGAAGUUCAGUGGUGGAUUUGGAACUGUGUGUCGUCGAAGCCCACCGGUCUGCAUUUAUCUUUUUCUUCUCGGUUGUUUGGAGCUUAAGUAACUUGACUUGUGUCAGUUUGAUAGCUGAAUAAAAGAAGACGGCUGUAUUUUGUUGUAAAAAAAAAAAGUCACUGACACUUUUCUUCCUGUGUGUGGAAAUUUUGAUAUUUUAUUUUAUAAUCCCCCCCCCCAGUUUAGGACUGUCAGAACUAAACUUGAAACGACCUGGUUUAGAUUUUCCAGCCUAGUGACCAAAUCCAAGUAUUUCUCUGUACUUUUCAUUCUGUAAAUAUGAUAACAUUCGACAUAUGUAUUAGUAUUCGUUAGAUGAGCAACGUUUGUGCUCUCUGUACUGUUGUCUGGAACUGUCUUAAUAGCUAGUACUUCCACACAGACUCGAUUUCUCUCUGCUUUUACGUUCUGGACUUUAAUUUCUGCAGUCGAGUGAAGGACUGGACAGAAUCCUGUAUCUGCAUUUAGUCGACAUGGAUUUUGUGAAAUGACAUUUGCAUCUGACAGCUAUAACCUGUGUGACUUAAUAAAUAACGUUUUUUUAAGAUGUA